AUGCGACUCCCUCCCUUGUUGUCGGUGCUAUGCACCGUCUUCUGGUCGGCAUCCGCCGCCAUGGUUAAGAAUGGCUCGACAUGUGUCGUGACACCUCUUAGCGAGAAUAGAGUCGCUAUGCGCAGCAUCGACACUAACCGCGUGGACGACACGCCCCAGAUCAUGGAGGCCUACAAGCAGUGCGGGAAAGAUGGCACCAUCAUCCUGCGCGAAGGGACGUACCACAUCCGACAGGUCAUGGACAUGAGUGAUCUGCGCAACUGCAGCAUCGAGAUCCACGGCACGCUUAUCUGGAGCGACGACAACCUGUCGUACUGGCGGCAAAGCAGCUUCUCCGUGACGUACGCGCAGCGGUCGACGGCGUGGCGGAUCGGCGGGCGGGACAUUACGUUGCGUGGGUUCGGCAAGGCCCUAUUCAACGGCAACGGCCAGACGUGGAUCGAUCUGGCAAGGGGCCAGGCAAAUCUGCAAGGCAGGCCCAUCACGCUGACCGUCUGGCGCGGGACCAACGUGCUGAUUGACGGCAUCACCUGGCGCAUGGCGCAGUUCUGGCACACUUUCGUGGCGUAUUCGCAGAACGUGACCAUGACCAACCUCGAUAUGAGCACCUACUCGCAAAACUCGCAGAGCUCGCAGAACACGGACGGGACGAAUACCUGGAACUCGAGAGACAUCUUCAUUGCGAACUGGACGGUGAAAUGCGGCGAUGACUGUAUCGGCAUCAAAGGAAACAGCACCAACGUUCACGUUAAGAACGUGACGUGCUUCGAAUCCGGCUCGGUAACGAUCGGCUCCAUAGGUUCCAACGCAAACCAGCCCGACUAUGUCGAGAACGUUCUGGUCGACGGUGUCUCCCUUAACCACUCGAGCAACGCAGCCUGGAUCAAAACUUACCCGGGGAGGGGCCACGUCCGCAAUGUCACCUUCCGCAACAUCGAUUUCAAGGACGUCAACCAGCCCAUCUACGUAACCUCGUGCAUCUAUUCCUACAACAACUGCGACUCGUCCCGCUUAUCCAUCACCAACAUCCGCUGGGAGAACAUCACGGGCACGAGCCGGUACAACGUUGCGGCAGGCAUGCACUGCAGUGCCCAGGCGCCCUGCGAUGGGUUCCACUUCGAGAACAUUGACAUCAGGCCCUUGAGGGGCGGCUCAGCCAAGGUGCUGUGCUCCAAUAUACGCAACCAGGCGAGUAUGGGGUUGGCGUGUACGGGACCGUGUCCCGGGUCGCAUCCGCAGCAGUUGUCGGGGAAUGUUUAG